CGUCGCGGAAGAAGAAAACCUGGCGUCCAAAGCAUUGCACAAUAAUCCUUCGUCUGAAACGCAUUCAUUCUUUUCUCCCUCGCACGCACGCACGCGCACGCAAGCAAACGAACCAAGUUCUUCUUCUUCUUCUUCUCUGCGAUAAGAUCGCACAAAUUUUGGAACCCUAAUCUACUACAUUUCGUUUUGGACCUUCAUCCGAAUCGUAAAAAUCACUCCCUGCGAAUCGAAUCCUCUUUCUGGCGUCGAUCAUCUCGUCGACUGAGUCAUUUAACCCUAAACAUUUUACAUGGCUAUGACCGGUAACCAUUCCCCUCGCCAUUCCUCUGAUAACCUCCGAUCGCGUCGCGCCACGCGCCUCCCUGCUUCCUCGCCGUGGAACCAGGUCGUCCGCGGCGAAUCGGAGCCCGUUGCUGCGGCUCCGUCUUCCUCGACGGAGGAUUUCCCCUCCGCCGCCGUUCCGGUGGACGAUUUUAGCUCCUCCGCCGCGGAGAGCUCCGACAAUGGCGGCGCUGCCUUGAGGCCUGUCUGGAACAAGCCUUCUCCUAAUGGCGCGGCGGCAGCGGCUUCGGAUGUGAGGCCGGAGAUGGACGCGAACUCGUGGCCCUUGCCGUCGGAGUCCACAAGAGCUGCUACGAAAUCGGAAUCGUCCAAGGGUUUGUUGGAUGGAUCUUCUGUGCCACAAUCGCAGGGUUUGGGAAGUACGUCUUUUUCCUCUUCACAGAGGGAAGUCAGUGACAAUGCAAUAACCAACAACACCAACAGUUUGGUGCCGGCUCGGCAGAAAUCAAUGAAACAUCACAGUUCGAAUGCAUCUUCUAAUGGUGGCCACGCGCAACACUCUGCGCCCCAGGUCUCGAUAGCUGCAACUGGGUCCCGGAACUCCUCUCCAAAGGACCACACACAAAGAAGUGGAUUUGCGUCUAAUGAUCAUCCACAGCAGCGUAAUUCGUUUAGAAAUCGUAAUGGUGGUCAACAUCAGCGAGGAGAUGGUUCUCACCAUCACAACUAUGGGAACAGGCGUGAUCAGGAGUGGAAUAAUAAUCGAAGUUUUGGCAGUAGAGAUACACAUGUGCCACCAAGAGUUGCUCCUAGAUUUAUACGGCCACCUCCACCUCCUAAUUCUGCUCAGUUUUUUCAUCCAUCACCAAUGCGGCCUUUUGGUAGUCCCAUUGGUUUCCAUGAACUAGCACCUCCUCUGGUAUUUGUUGCAGCUCCACCUCCACCCCCGGAUUCACUGAGAGGUGUUCCUUUUGUGCCUCCUAUGCCACAUCAUCCCCUGUUCUUUACAGGUCCAGACCCUCAGUUGCACAGUAAGAUAGUCAACCAGGUCGACUACUAUUUUAGUAAUGAGAAUUUAGUUAAAGAUGCAUUCUUGAGGCAGAACAUGGAUGACCAGGGCUGGGUUCCCAUAAAAUUAAUUGCAGGCUUCAACAAAGUUAUGCAUUUGACUGACAAUAUCCAGGUUAUAUUAGAUGCUAUUCAAACUUCAUCUGUUGUUGAAGUGCAGGGUGACAAAAUAAGGAGACAAAAUGAUUGGAGGAGAUGGAUCAUGCAUCCUCCUGUUCAAUUUUCUAAUGCUACAACCAUAGGAGUGUUGAAUCCUGACAAGCUGGCAGAACAAGUACAGAAUAUUGCUCUGGAGACAAGUAACUAUGAUGGUGCAGGAGGACUGGAUGUUCAGCCAGAUACUUCACAACAUAGAUCUACAUUUGGGGAUUUGCAGCAGCUCUCCACUAGUCAAGUUGGUAUUCAAGGCUCAGAUCACUUCAUUCCAGCAAGAAAUUAGAGCUGUAGAUGUGCUUUAGCACUAUGUUUUUUGGAGAGCUCUCAAGAGGGACACGGGAAGCAGGUAUCUAAGAAUGGUCUCAGUUUUUUUUCUCAUGGCACAAUGGGAAAUGAUAUGCCUCGAAGCAUAUUUAGUAAGGAUAAAACAUGAUUGAGAAACGGAAGGAAAAUACCUAGUAUAAAACAGAAAGAAAAAAAAAAGAAAAAGAAAAAAGAGAGGAUCAAAUGGUAACGGCCCCCAACCCCCUCUCACCAGAAGUACAGAAAAGGCUUUUUCUUUUUUUCUUUUAUGUUUAUUUUUGGCUGUGGAGCUAGUUAGCACGACUCUUGUGAAUACUCUUUUUAUGGGUAUAAUGUCCUCACUCUUACGGGGGAAUAAUGAUUUGCUUCAAUAUGGGGGAACUUUUGUCCUUGUUUCCCGUCUGCCCCUCUGCUGUUUUUAAAAAUCUUUGGGGUCAGCUUCCCACCAGUUUUAGGAGCAUGUGUUAUAUUAGUUCAUGUCAUGGGUGUUGAAUGUGUUUGAUAGCUACCUGCUGCCACUGAAGGAAGAGCAAAUAUAUAGCUUUCUGCUGCUGCUGGAGCUUUAAAGUGUGAUUGUUUGACUUUGAUGUCACUUGCAAGCCAUUAUAUCUCCCGUUACGUCAUACAUAUCUGGUAUUACAUUGAUAUUUAUAUCUUUCGUUUGUUGAAACUCGCGAAAAUUCUGAAGCCAUAAGUGGUCCCUAUGGGGUCAUUAAGACUAAUUAUACAGGUUACAGCUGUAUAAGUGGAUAUUCCUGUCUAUUUGGACCUGAAGUUGCAUGGAAUUAUAUUUGACUAUUCCAUAACGCCGCCGCCGCUUCAUCUUCCCUUUCAUACCCGGUGUUGAUGUAGUUAGUUUAUUAUGACCUUUGGUGUUACGGGCAUAGUCAUUUUUAUUAAUUAACAUGCUGGUUAAUUUUGAUUGUGUACAACAUCUAUUGUUUUUAAAUUUUAUAUUUAAUUAUAAUUUUUCCG